GCAUCCGACCCAGACUGGAUUCUGAGGCCGGGGAUCAAGGCCCGGCCGGCUAGUGGAGAGGAGGUGUAAAGAGGAGGGGGAGUCAGGGGGAGGGCGGACAUCACAGCAAACCUAAAGGUUGGGACGCUGCGGGGAUGGAGCCAACAGGUGGGGAGAGGGGCGGUCCAGCGACGUGGGCGGGGCCAAUCAAAACUAGCCCACAGGCCGGCCUGGCCCUGGACCGAAAGCCGGGGAUCCCUAGUGGCUGGAAACCCAGCCAAAAAGCUGGGGCAGUAGAAGUAGGGAUGGGCGGGGCCCUAAGCGGGCGAAGGAGAGGCAGCAGGUAAUUUAGGCCCGGGAGCAUUGUGGGAGGUGGCCAGUGGGUAGGCCUCGGAGGAAACGUGUGGUAGGUGCGGGAGCGGAUUCCCUAGGUAACGAGGCCGGGGGCCGGAGCGGGUAGAUUCUUGGCGGGCUAGGGGCGGGUUUGGGGCGGGGCCAGCACGCAGGAGGGGCUGGCUUCGCGAGAAGUCCGGCACGCGUUUUUCUCGUUGGUGCCGCGCGCUGCCCCGCCCACUACGCCGGCGCGAGAUCCAAACUGCGGUUGGCGCUCGGCUAAGGCUGCGGCGGGAAGGUCUGUCAGGAAACAAGGCAGGAGUCCCGACCCAGCCCGGUCCGCCCUAAGCCAACCCCCAACGACCAUGAGGAGAAGAGGUGCCGCUGAGGCCGAGGCCUGCGGAGUGUGGCUGGAUGCGGCGGCGCUGAAGAGACGCAAAAUUCAGACUCGAUUAUCCAAUCCCAUCACUAGAAUGCUGCCUCCAGCUCGAGGUGAAAAAGAAACUAUUGUUGGUUUUACUCAAAGAAGAGCUCAACCUGUGGGUACCAGGCAGACUGUCAUUGCAUCAUUUUUUACUUCAAAAUCAGGAAAGGCAAAUGAUGGUGGGCAGGGAAGGCCUUCACCUGGUUCAUCAAAUCAAAGAAAUAAGGAACAGAAAAGAGAUGUGGUGUGGUUGGAUCCUCCUCCAUUGUUCCCUGGGGAAGAGUGUGCCCAGUGUCCUGAAACUCCAGCAGCUUCUGUCACUAAGGAAUCUCAAGAGCUCAUCUGCCCCUCUCCAUCUCCCAAGGAGGUUUCUGACUAUUGCAGAGAGGCAAAAUCAGCUGUGCUCAGUAGCCAAGACCAGAACAUUGUAGGUUCUGCUGGUGUAGGUUUUGCCUUCACCCCAAACUCCGAAGACUUUUGUAUGUUAGCCCAUGAAAGAGAGGGUAGGAAAGUACAUUGUAGACAAGGGCAAGAGACCAAGUGCCUAAUGGAUAGGGCAGAAUUGGAAAAGACAGUAUUUUCCAAAGAAAAGAAACAGUUCUAUGACUUUCCCCAAGGCCACCAAGAAGGCAAAGCAGAGAAAGGAAGGGUCAGGAGGGGAGGGGACACAGAGUUAGUGGAACAAAGUCCCUGUUCUGAUCAAGUCUUUUCUUGGGAUAGUGAGCAGUAUGACACAUGCUUGAGAAGCCAGUUGUUCACGGAAGAUUCCCAGGGCCAGAGGGUCAUUGCUCAUCCUUCUCGAGCUGCUCUUCAAGAUGUAGCCAACCUUACAAGAAAGCCCCUACAUACAUCCCUUAAUUCUCAGGUUCAGUGCCAAGGCAGGUCUAUCCUGGGCAUCUCUCAGUUAAAUUCCCAGACUGAUAUGCUCUUUACCCAGGAUUCUCAAGGUAAUAGAGUUAUUAAGCACUGUUUUUGAACUUCUAUUUUAGUGACAGGGCAUUAAACCCUUAAGUAUCUAGAUGGUGGAAAAUAACCUACCGUGGGUUGUCAUUUGGUUGAGAGUACAUAGUGGUCUUGAUACGGCCCCAGUUCUAGUUUUGAGAGAAUGGAGGCAGUUCAGUAUAUAGUUUCAUCUCAAUUUGUGAGCUUUUUCAUUGUGAACAUGCACUUUCACUUGUUGAGGGAGUAGUUUUGGAAGAGACAGAUUGGCAGCCACCCUUUCUGAGAGAAUUAUGGUCUCUUAGCUCUUUUUGGAAGAGAACUACCAUAUUGACCUGAAUAUAGGCUACCCCAUCUCAAUCUAGCUAAUAUUAAAACUGAGUGUGGCCUAUCAUUGGUGUUAUUUUUCAGUGUAUGCCUAUGUGCCAUUUCCUUUCAAAGAGAUCUGUGGAGUGACUGGCAUUUAUUUAAAGCAAAACACUUCAGUACAGGCUCUUGUUACUCUGCAGAAACCCGCAGGGUUUGUCUUGGCCUUUCCAAGUGCUUUGUGUCCAACUUCUGGCUUGGUUACAAUAUGGUUUUACACUCUGGCUGUAAUUCCAUCAAUGUGCCCCUCAUCCACAGAUCCAAGCUUUGCUCUUUUUUUUGUGUUAAUUUUAACUUGAGGUGAGAACUGGCUUAAGAUUUUGAGCAUCAGCUGCAACUCAGGUGGAAAGUGUGGUCUUUGAUUCUCCUUUAUAAUUUGUUUUUGAUAAACAGAUUUCUGAGGGAGAUAUGCACAAGUUGACUUAUGCUUAACCAAAAUCACUCUAGCACUUUGAAAUGCUGGGGACUAUGACAGCCUCAGGGGGAGUGCUUCAAUAUAGGAAGUGCUGGGGUUCAGAAAUGCCCACAUACUUAGCUUUGUGAAGCAAAUUAAGACAUGAAUUGAGACACGGAUUUAAGUUAUUUGUCAAUAGUCCCAUGGUUUGCAGUUGUGACAAGACAAUAAUCCAAGUCUCUUUACCUCACCACUCAGAAAUACCAGAUUUGUAGAGUGUGGGUAUGUGUUUCAGGUUUCAAGUAGUCUCCAGAAGAGUAGUCUAUUUCAGAUUUGUAUAUCUUAAAACUGUAAUCUCUUCUCUGUUCCAGUUGCCUGUUGUCUGUAAAUGUGCAAUUUGCACAGUCAGCAAAAUUUUAAAGAUCAGAAGAGCAAAUAAAUUAUUCUGGAAAGUUAAAGUUAGUUUUAUGGUUUGUUUCGUUAUUUGAUUCCAUAUUGUUUGUCGAAUGAAUUUGCAAUAAAAAUUUUUUAAAGUGGAUUUAAUUA